AUGUUGCUUAUUUUGCCUAAUUAUGAUUUGCCUUCUCGAAUUAUUGUUGCUCGACAAUGUUUAAGAAUUUAUCAAGAAGAGAAACAAAAGCUUAAAAGACUUAUUAAAGGGCAGCGUGUUUGUAUUACUAGUGAUACGUAUCACAAGGGUGAGACCAUUGGGUCCGCUAUUGAAUCUUGUUUGUUAGAUUGGGCAAUUGAAAAUCUGUUUACAGUGACACUUGAUAAUGCCUCGACUAAUGAUGUAGCAAUCACACACUUGAAAGAAAAAAUUGGUGAUUGGAAAGGUGUUAUAAUGAGAAAUAAUUUUCUACAUGUUCGGCGCAAUGCUCACAUCCUAAACUUGAUUGUAAAAGAAGGAUUGAGUGAGCAAAAUGAAUCCAUUUCUCGGGUAAGAAAUAUUGUGAAAUAUGUUAAAUCUUUUAGUGCAAGAUCUGCUUCUUUCAAGUCAUAUGUUGAGAAGGUUAAACUUGACACUAAUGGACUUUUGAGUUUAGAUGUAGAGAAUAGGUGGAACUCUACAUAUUUAAUGUUAAGUAUUGCUGUCAAAUUUGAAAAGGCAUUUUCAAGAAUGAAUAUUAAUGAUCAUAAGUACAUUAAAUAUUGUCUUGACUCGAAAGGAAAGAUAGAACACCCUUCUUCGAAAGAUUGGAAGGAUGUGAAUAUCUUUCUCAAGGUUUUGGAGAUUUUCUAUCAAACCACAUUAAAGUUUUCCAGUACUUUGCAAGUUACUUCAAAUGCUUUCUUUCAUGAUCUUUUUAAUCUUCGGAGCAUAAUUGUCAACUAUUCAAAGUGUGAUGAUUUUAUUUUAACUGAUAUGGCUAAGAAGAUGAAAGUCAAGUUUAAUAAAUAUUGGGGUGAUUUUAGUGAUAUGAAUAUAUUGUUGUUUGUUGCCGUUGUGUUGGAUCCUUGCUACAAAAUGAAGUAUGUUGAGUUUCUUUUUAAGAAAUAUUAUAAUUCUGUGGAGGGAUGUACAAAGUCUGAUAAAGUGCGAGAUACUUUAACUGGCUUGUAUGCUCAUUACAAAAGUUUCAUUUCUGGAACUUCUUGUGAAAGUAUUGGAGAUCAAACUAGUGUGAAUAGUGAAAUUGAUGUAAUGAAUAGUUUUACAAUGUGGCAAUCACAAUGGGAGAAAUAUCUUGAAAAAGAGAAUGAUAUUGAUGAUAAAUCUGAUCUUGACAAGUAUUUGAAGGAUGAUGUGAAAAAAAUUAAGGAUUUCAAUAUUUUGUCUUGGUGGAAAGCUUCAUCCGAAAAAUAUCCAAUUGUUUCUCGAAUUGCAAGAGAUGUGCUUCCUAUUCCUACGUCUAUUGUUGCUUUAGAAACAGUUUUUAGCACCGGUGGUCGAAUUCUUGAUUGUUAUCGAAGUUCUUUGCCACCAAAGACUGCUGAAGCUCUUAUUUGUGGUCAACAAUAG